CCACAAGUCUCGACAGCAUGGCGGUAGGAAAGAACAAGCGACUGUCAAAGUCAAAGAAGGGCUCGAAGAAGAGCAAGGUCGAUCCUUUCUCACGAAAGGAUUGGUUCGACAUCAAGGCGCCUUCGAUGUUCGAGACUCGCAAUGCCGGCAAGACGCUCGUCAACCGAAGCCAGGGCAUGAAGAACGCAGCCGACGGUCUCAAGGGACGGGUCAUCGAGCUCUCUCUCGCCGACUUGAACAAGGACGACGAACAGUCCUUCAGGAAGAUCAAGCUGAGAAUAGACGAAGUCAACGGCAAGAACUGUCUGACCAACUUCCACGGAAUGGACUUUACCUCUGACAAGCUCCGCUCGCUCGUGCGAAAGUGGCAGACUCUGAUCGAGGCUCACGUCGACGUGAAGACGACGGAUGGCUACCUCCUCCGCCUGUUCACCAUCGGCUUCACGAAGAAGCGCCAGAGCCAAGUCCGAAAGACGACUUAUGCCAAGUCGUCCCAAGUCCGCGCGAUCCGUGCAAAGAUGUUCGAGAUCAUGAUCCGGGAGUCAAACUCGUGCGAUCUCAAGGAACUCGUCGCCAAGUUUGUGCCAGAGGUCAUCGGCAGAGAGAUCGAGAAGUCUUGCCAGGGCAUCUACCCGCUCCAGAACGUCUACGUCCGCAAGGUCAAGAUCCUCAAGGCGCCCAAGUACGAUCAAUCUGUCCUCUUUGGUCUGCAUGGCGAGUCAACUGGAUCUGGCGAGACUGGCGCCAAGGUCGGCGCAGAGUUCAAGGAGCCUGCACCGCUGGCAGAAGUCUAAACUCUGGCCAGGCUUAGGAGGACCACUCGCCGCAAAUCUCUCCGAGCAUUGUAACAUUGCAGGCUUGCUCAAUGAC